UGGUAUGGUCCCUCCUUCCAAUGGUCUGCACAGAGCUACCGUGCUUUAGUCUUUCCGUCUCGUCUCCCACCGGUUUAGAGGACGAGUAGUUGAAGUAUGACUUUAUAGCAUCUUUGUAAAGUGUAACCUAUUAUCAAUGAUCCACAGAGUGUAUAGAAAAAAAGCAGCAAGUUCAAGCUCUUGGAGAUGUAGAGCUACGCCAAAAAGGAUGAUCCGGAGGUAGUUCUAUGGGGUCUGCGUUUGAUUUACGAAGAUUUUUUUUCCUCAAGGAUAAAAGUGGGAGGACGAAGCUGAAAAGUUUCGUGCUCCCUCACAAAGGAAAACACUAGCUGGUUAAUUUAGCAGGCUUUACGCAGACGUGGCGCACACAGAAAAUACAAAAUGUGCGUUUCUUCAAUGAUUUGCGGACGUUACAAAUGCAAAAGAAUUGUGCAGAACUAUGACAUGGUACGACUACUUUUUUUCCUUCUCGCGGUCAUCGCGUGCUGUCAAGGUUGCCCCGAGAAAUGCGUGUGCUUCACGCAGACUGUAAAAUGCCAAAACCAGGAAUUGGAUGAGAUUCCACAUUCAUUACCGAACAACACCAAAGUCCUGUUUGUGACAGGAAACAACAUUUCCCGUAUCAGUGUAGACUCUUUCCCCAGUCAUUUGGAUCAGUUGACAGAUCUGUAUCUUAAUGGAAAUGAGCUGGAGUUUGUGGACGCUAUGGCAUUUGACAAGUUGCCCAGUCUUAUGCGCCUGGAUUUGAGCAACAACAGCAUCUUAAAUUUUAGCCAAAAAGCUUUUCCAGUUGAUAAUAAAGUGCUAGUGUUGAACCUCAGUAGGUGUUUCCACAAUCAUUCCUUGGCGGAUCUAAGCUUUCUACAGCUGGGUAACCUGCUGCAGCUCACUGUCCUGGACCUAUCCAGUAAUGACCUUGUGUUUCUACCUGACAACAUCUUCUCCAGCCUACCUAACCUGGAGAACCUCAGUUUACAGAACAGCUCCAUCAUUUCCUUACAGAAUGGGACACUGAAGGUACCACCUCUUCAGGACUUGGAUCUGAGAGACAACAGCCUGAGACUGCUCCCGACUUCCACUAUGUCUGAAUUCAGCCAAAAACCUGGUCUCCACAUACGACUGUCAGGGAACCCAUGGCGGUGUGACUGCUUUAUUGAAGAUUUCCUCUCCUGGCUGAAAAACACCUCACAGAUUACUGAUGUCCAGAAUCUAACAUGUGUGGAACCAGAUGAGCUGAGACGUGUCCCUUUAAUCCAUAUCCAAAACUCUCAGCUGAAAUGUUCAGGUGACAUGGAAGGCGUUCUAGAAACUUCUUAUGUAUUCCUGGGUCUAGUUCUGGCUUUGAUUGGUGUCAUAUUCCUACUUGUGCUCUACCUGAACAGAAAAGGCAUUAAGCGGUGGAUGUAUAAUAUUCGGGACGCUUGUAGGGACCAUAUGGAGGGGUACCAUUACAGAUAUGAGAUCAACUCUGACCCAAGACUUGCCAACUUGAGCAUAAAUUCAGAUGUGUAAGGGACCAGACUCAUAAUCACAGACCUUUGGACCAUUUUGGAUUUGCAUGAGUCUUCCACCCCCUGUUCCCCUCUCCCUGAAGAUGACACAUUUUACCAAGGUUUCUUCCUAAUUAACUCAACUGCACUUCAGCACUGCCGCAUGUCCUGUUAUAAGCACCUGGCAGCUGUGACAUUUGAUUGCAUUUUUUAAAAAUACACGUAGCAUUGCAUGGACAGUGAACAAUGCCCUGAAACUGACAAACUCAACGGUAUGCAUUAUUUUUUAUUCUAUUGAGAAAAGCUUGGAACUCUAAUGAAAGAGCAUAUACUGUGCUAGCCAAUGCAUCAAUAUUAUCAUGCCUUUGCUGCAUAGACAUACAGUUAUAUUGCUUGUUUAUGAGUUUUUAUGACGUCAUUGUGGCUAGUGCAGAUUGCAUAGGUUUGGGUAUUGUAAGUAAUCGAUGUGAUUCUUUGUGUUUAUUUUGUUUUUGUUUUUUAAGGCUAAUUGCUAAAUAAAAUGUUUCUGGAUUGUUGGUA